AAAGAAACAUUCAAAAUCCCCACCACUUUCCCAUCUCCGCUUUCCCUUUCUCCAUCAAAUCUAAAAUGACAGAGCUGGCAGAAACCUACGCUUGCGUUCCCUCAACAGAGCGAGGCAGGGGGAUCCUAAUUUCCGGUCAUCCAAAAACCAAUAAAAUCCUCUACACAAACAACCGAUCAAUCCUCAUCCUCAACCUUGACAACCCACUUGACGUCUCCGUCUAUGGCGAGCACGCUUACCAAGCUACCGUCGCACGAUACUCUCCCAAUGGCGAGUGGAUCGCCUCCGCUGAUGUUUCUGGGACUGUCAGGAUCUGGGGUGCUUACAAUGAUCAUGUCUUGAAAAAAGAAUUCAAAGUACUUACUGGUCGGAUCGAUGAUCUUCAGUGGUCACCUGAUGGGUUGAGGAUCGUUGCAUCUGGGGAUGGAAAAGGGAAGUCUCUUGUUCGUGCUUUUAUGUGGGAUUCGGGGACUAAUGUUGGGGAAUUUGAUGGGCAUUCGAGGCGAGUUUUGAGUUGUGCAUUUAAGCCAACCAGACCCUUUCGAAUUGUGACGUGUGGUGAGGAUUUCUUGGUUAAUUUUUAUGAAGGACCACCAUUUAAAUUCAAGUCAUCUCACAGGGAUCAUUCAAAUUUUGUGAAUUGUGUACGGUUUUCUCCAGAUGGUAGCAAGUUUAUCAGUGUAAGUUCUGAUAAGAAAGGCAUACUGUUUGAUGGAAAGACAGGAGAGAAGAUUGGACAGAUUUCUUCCGAGGAUGGUCAUAAGGGCAGCAUUUAUGCUGUUAGUUGGAGUCCUGAUGGUAAACAGGUGCUGACAGUAUCUGCUGACAAGUCUGCAAAAGUGUGGGAGAUCUGUGAUGAUGGUAGUGGAAAGUUAACAAAAACUUUGACUUCUUCUGGCUCAGGUGGAGUGGAUGACAUGCUAGUUGGUUGCCUUUGGCAGAAUGAUCAUCUUGUCACUGUUUCUCUUGGUGGAACAAUUAGCAUUUUCUCAGCUAGUGAUCUUGAUAAAAGUCCAUUGAAAAUAGCUGGUCAUAUGAAGAAUGUUACUUCCUUAUCCGUGCUUAAAAAUGUCCCAAAGACUAUACUGUCCAGCAGCUAUGAUGGCUUGAUAAUUAAAUGGAUUCAAGGCAUUGGAUACAGUAGCAAAUUACAGAGGAAGGAGAAUACACAGAUUAAAUGCUUAGCUGCUGCUGAAGAAGAGAUUGUCACAUCUGGUUUUGAUAAUAAGAUAUGGAGAGUUCAUUUGCUUGAUGACCAAUGUGGAGAUGCAGAUUCCAUCGACGUGGGAAACCAACCAAAAGACAUUAGUCUUGCCCUUCUCUGCCCUGAGCUUGCUUUGGUCACGAUUGAGUCAGGUGUUGUCAUGCUUCGUGGUACAAAAGUUGUGUCAACCAUCAAUCUUGGCUUUGCUGUGACGGCAUCUGCAAUUGCACCUGAUGGAAGUGAAGCAAUCAUAGGUGGGCUGGAUGGAAAAUUGCACAUAUAUUCAGUCACAGGUGAUACACUCACAGAAGAAGCAGUCCUUGAGAAACAUCGUGGUGCUAUCAGUGUCAUCCGUUAUUCUCCAGAUGAUUCAAUGUUUGCAUCUGGUGAUUUAAAUAGGGAAGCUGUAGUUUGGGAUCGUGUCUCCAGAGAGGUGAAGCUUAAAAACAUGUUGUACCACACUGCCCGCAUAAACUGUCUUGCUUGGUCUCCUGAUAGCAGCAUGGUUGCUACUGGAUCGCUUGACAACUGUGUCAUCAUAUAUGAAAUCGACAAGCCAGCAUCUAGUCGGAUGACCAUAAAGGGAGCUCACUUGGGUGGAGUUUAUGGAUUAGCUUUUGCUGAUGAUCAUAGUGUAGUAAGUUCUGGUGAGGAUGCUUGUGUUCGUGUUUGGAGGGUAAAUCCACAGUGAUAUAAAUUAAUGGAGGUCAUCAUGAAGAUAUUCAGCUCAAAUUAUUUGAAACUUGGUGAACAUGCUGGAUUGAUUUGGAUUUUAUUGUCAACUUCAGCGUGGAAUGAGGUCAGAAAGCAAAGACUGAUGCCUAGGAAUAUGGUAUUUUUAUGAAUGUUAAGCUAGCCUGUUCUAGUUCUCUGGUUAUGUCGGGCAUGACUAUCACAAACAUAAGUUUGAUUAAGAGUGUUUUGUUCAGAUUUUGCUGUUUGGAGAUAGUACUUUUUUUCAGAUUACUGGUGAUUGAAGUAGGGGAACCGGUGUAGGUUUUGUGCUGCUUGGCAACCCUGGAGUUUUGCAGCUGCAUCUUUGUUUGAUGGAAUAUAAUGUAGCAUGUGCUAUGGAAAGGUUCUUUGCUGGUCCUAGAUAUGUCAGACAUCCAGAAUCUCACAUUAGAAGCUGGGGUUUUGCAAGAAAUCAACCUUAAACCGCAGUUGGAUGAAUAUGGUUGCGAUACUGAAAGACAUAGAUUGUUACCACAACACCCCUUUUCCCCUCCUUUUUCCUCUGUUUUGGGUUUGUUAGAUUGGUUGUAAGCACUGGUAAGUUGCCUGCCUUUUUUUAGGUGAUGGUGCCACAAAGUGAAUGUUAUGUUAGUUUCUGUUUCGGAUUAUUCCGGCAGGGUGAUACCACUCUUGUCUGUAUUUUCUGCUGUUUGUGUGGCUGAAGUGAUUGCAUUCUGUGUUA